AUGGCGGGCCCUGCCAUGGGAGGAGUGGGGGAAACAACGGGAUCCGGCCACCAGGGUGUCCUUAGCCAGUGCCAGAAGAAGAUGCAGAUGCUGAAGCUGGACAAGGAGAACGCCAUCGACCGCGCUGAGCAGGCGGAGGCCGACAAGAAGCAGGCGGAGGACCGCUGCAAGCAGCUGGAGGAGGAACAGCAGGGCCUGCAGAAGAAGCUGAAGGGCACGGAGGAUGAGGUGGAGAAGUAUUCUGAGUCUGUCAAGGAGGCGCAGGAGAAGCUGGAGCAGGCGGAGAAGAAAGCUACAGACGCCGAGGCCGAACUCCGAACCCGCGGCACCCAGCUGGUGGAGGAGGAGCUGGACCGAGCCCAGGAGCGCCUGGCCACCGCCCUGCAGAAGCUGGAGGAAGCCGAGAAGGCGGCUGAUGAGAGCGAGAGAGGCAUGAAGGUCAUCGAAAACAGGGCCAUGAAAGACGAGGAGAAGAUGGAGCUCCAGGAAAUGCAGCUGAAGGAGGCAAAGCACAUAGCCGAGGAGGCCGACCGCAAAUAUGAGGAGGUCGCCCGCAAGCUGGUUGUCCUUGAGGGAGAGCUGGAGCGCUCGGAGGAGCGGGCAGAAGUUGCAAAGAGAUGAGUGAGCCGCAGGCGUGAGCUGUGCGCACAGUUGGAAGAAGAGCUGCGGACCAUGGACCAGACCCUCAAAUCCCUCAUGGAAGCAGAGGAAGAGUAUUCCACCAAGGAGGACAAGUACGAGGAGGAAAUCAAGCUUCUAGGGGAAAAACUGAAGGAGGCAGAGACCCGAGCAGAGUUUGCUGAGCGGUCUGUGGCGAAGCUGGAGAAAACCAUCGAUGAUUUAGAAGAGAAUCUGGCCAGUGCCAAAGAGGAGAACGUUGGCAUCCACCAGGUCCUGGAUCAGACCUUGUUGGAGCUGAACAACCUCUGAACUGCCUUGGGGAGCCCCCAUCCCUCUUCCCUACCCCACACGUGCACCCCACUGGCACACUCUGGACGUCAUCAGCUGAACUGCGUCUUGGCCAAAUCCACACAUCCAUUGAGAAGGGAAACCCUGCAGUCUUACACUGUAGCUUGAGGGGAUCUUGUCUGUGCACAGCCGGAAUGGCUCUGUCCUGUCUUCAUGUCCAAAUAUUAAAGCAGUUUGACAAGA